AUGUUCCUUCAACAGGAACCUUCCUCAAGAGCCCCUGAGGUGCGGCAGGAGGCAAAAGAAUGCAUAGAACCACCCCAGAGUGGCACAGACAGAGCAACACGUAAACGGAAAGCAGAAAGCCAUGGAAAUGUGUCUGGGACAAAAGCAGGAACAUCCGCGGAGAGCAGCACAGGGACAUUCCCGAGCACUCCACUUCACAACCUUCUCUCCAGACUCAGGGAAAUAGAAGCAGAGUUGAUCUGUGCUGAUGAGGCGGACACUGAGUUUGGGUCUGGCGAGACGGUGGCGCCAGCAGUGCCACCAGCAGUGCCACUAGCAGUGCCACCAGCAGUGACACCACCAGCACCACCAGCAGCGGCACCACCAGUGCCACCAGCAGUGGCUCAGCCUCCUGCCCAAUCCCCAGGGGACAGCCGGUGGCACCACACUAGUGCAGAGCUCCAGGCAGUCUUGCAGGAAGGCAGCGCUCGGUACCAGCAGUGCGACUUCGCGGCAGCCGCGGCCAAGUUCUCCACGGCACUGGAGCUUUGCAGUAAAGGCUUUGCUACAGAGGAUCCCUUGAAGUCCUCUCCAGAUGAUAUUUCCAGGCUUUCCAGUUGGAUCGAGUCAAUGCUCGUCAUCUGCUACUUAAAGCUGGAGCAGCCUGGCCUUGCUCUGCAUCAUUCACACAGGAGCAUCAUUCAGAACCCCUCUCACUUCUGCAAUCACCUGCGCCAAGCUGCUUGCUUUCGGUGCCUGCACAGAUACUCAGAGGCUGCCAGGAGUGCCAUGGUGGCACAGUAUCUGUAUAUCCUGGCCGAAGGCGCAAGGCUGGACACCAGUGACCUCCUGCAGCUGUACUGGCAGGCUAUGACUCAAGAAGCCCUCCGUAGAGAAGUCUCUUUUUCUGUUCUGUACACACCUUUUGAGAAAGAGGACAAGGCUGACAAAAUAAAGGGCAACAAAACCUUUGCUGAGAAGCACCCUCAUUAUGUGCAGCAUAUAUUUACAGAUCCUCAUGGAAUUCACCUGUUGCCAGAGAAGGCUGAAUCUCAUCCUGGCCAGCAGUACUUACUGACUCUUGGCUUCAGAAACAAAGAGAUUGGAAAAACCGUGGAAAAGUUUGUAACUCAAAAACUGCCAGUUUUUCCAGGCCAGAAAAUAACUUUCAGUCCCAGCAUGGAGGAAGGAGCAGAAACAUUUUGGCAGAACACUGUGAAAAAGAUCAUGGCAGUCAUGGCUUUUAUAGGAAGCACCAAGAUAAAGGAUGAGCGUGGCCCCUGUGCACGGGCCAUUGAGCAGUUCCAUCAUGCCAGCCUGCUUAGCCACCUGCAGAGAGGGGAAGAACAGGCCCAGGUGAUGACCCAGGCAAUGGCUGAGUUGGCGACUGCUCCCUACCUGCAGAGAGUCUCUCAGGAGGAUGGCAAACUGCUGCAGUCACUGAUGGCAGAUGCUGUGGACAUCCUGGCAGGAAGAACUGGAGAGCAUGCAUGGACUAAAAUACAGAAGGUGGCACUAAUAGAAGACUACUUGAGGGAAGGAGAAGAGCAUUACUUAAGAACCCCACAUGUGCAAAUACCUGGAAUGGAAAACAUCAACUGGACUCCAAGGGGACAGAAAUAUUUGAGACUGGAAAUACAAAACAUCAUUCCCAACCCACGAAGCUUGGCCAUAGGGCCCAAAAAAAGAUGCAUGGUUUUUGCAAAAGUUGAUUUUGUAGUAUUUUGUAGCUAUUGA